AUGAAUCCUCCAAGAAUUAAAGCGUUACCCUCAGAAGUAGUGAACAAGAUUGCUGCUGGAGAAGUUAUUCAACGCCCCUGCAAUGCAGUUAAGGAGUUAAUUGAAAACAGUCUUGAUGCUGGCAGCACAAUGAUCCAGAUUAGUCUCCGUGGAGGUGGGAUGAAGCUGAUUCAAGUUCAGGAUGAUGGACAUGGGAUCGAUCCUGCAGAUUUUCCUAUUCUUUGCCAGCGUUUCACCACAAGUAAACUCGAAGACUUUCAAGGGCUGUCACAGUUGCAGACCUUUGGAUUUCGAGGUGAGGCUCUGGCCAGUCUGAGUUAUGUGACGUCACGUCUGACAAUAACAUCUAGACCUCCGAGUCGAACUUGUGCCUACAGGGCUGAUUACAGUGGAGGCGUACUUAUUUGUAACUCAGAGGGGUCCUCUAGUGCACCCCAACCUUGUGCCGGAAACCCGGGUACUUGCGUUCAAGCCGAAGACCUCUUCCAUAACCUUCCAUCACGACGUGAUGCACUUCGCUCACCUCGUGAUGAAUUUACGCGCGUUGCUGAUGUGGUUGCUAGAUACAGUCUCCACUACGCUGGUAAAUGUGGAUUCUUUCUUCGAUCUCUUGACCGAAAAGUGGGUCCUGGCGCGAGCCCCAUGUCAAUAGGAGGGGAUAUGAGAACGACCAAAGAGUGGAGUAAAGAACAAGUCAUCAGAGCGGUUUUUGGUGACAAAAUGGUUGGAGAUCUCGUAUCUCUUUCUUCUGCUGAACAAGUCUUUGAUGCAGAUUCAGUUAAACUUGCGGUGGAUAAGCUAGGUCUGAGAUUCGAGGGCCUUUUCUCGAACCCUUCCAAAAUCACAUCUGAGGGAACGCCAUCAGUACAACUGGUUCUUUUUGUUAACAAUCGAUUGGUUGAGAGUUUGAAUAUAAAGCGAGCGGUUGAGUCAGCAUAUGCUACUUUACUCCCUCACAGAGUUGCUAAAUUAUAUUCCUCAUCUACCAAUCCCGGGGGGAGCUCUUCCCUUUUCGCGUAUUUGAAAUUAGAGUUGCCAACAACCUCCCUGGAUGUUAAUGUGCAUCCCACCAAAUCACAAGUCCAUUUUCUUAAUGAGGAUGAAAUAAUAGCCGGAGUUAGAGACGCAAUAGAACAGACUCUAAUCACCUCAGCUGGUGCUCGUAAUAUUCUCGUUCAAUCUCUGAGUCUGAAACCCUCUCAAGAAAAUUUUCAGGCUCCUGCCUCGUCUACUAAGCCAUCAUCGCGUCCCCUCUUCACACCUAUAAAUCGACUGUCAAAUAGUCCUAGAUCCGUCGUCUCCAACAGCAGUCCUUCUACUUAUCGUCCCGAACAUUUGGUGAGAACCGAUGCUCGAGUACAGCGCUUGGACGCCUUCAUGAACCCUUCCCCUUCUUCAUCUUCUCGUCUCUCAGUUGAUGCGAAAUCUCCCGCUGAUCCGAGUCCAGAAAUCAGCGGCUCCGAGGGUGAGGACGAAGAAUUCCGUAUAAAAUUGACUCCUUCAAAUACUACUGAAAUACCCCGUUGGCUAAAUUCUAGCAACAGUGCACCGAAAGACGAGCUGAAAUUGCAAAAGAGUGUUCAUAGACGCCAAGUGUUGUUGGAGUCUGUACAAACGAUGCGAGAAGCUGUGGAAGCGAGGGCUUCGGCAGAUGCUCGUGACCUCCUUCGUGAUUGUGUCUUUGUGGGCUGUAUCAGCCGCUCUAACUGUCUUGUUCAGCACACUACAAACCUCCUCCUGCUUCGUCUUCAUCCACUGGCUAAGGAACUUUUCUACCAGCUGGCUGUUGCCAACUUUGCAAAUCACGGUGAGAUGAUACUUUCAAACCCAGCGCCUAUAAGUGCUCUCCUGAGUUGUGAGUUGACGAGACGCCUCCCGGAGGCUUCGGCAAGUGAAGUGGCCGUGAUUGUCGACAAGGGCUGCUCGAUUCUGACCAAGAGAAGUGCCAUGCUCUGGGACUACUUCUCUCUACGAGUGGAAGUUGAUACAAACGGUGUCUUGCAGCUCUACAGUCUUCCCCUACUACUUGAUCGCUUCGUGCCGGAUAUGCGCUAUCUUCCGAAAUUGCUUACUCGAAUGGUGAGGGAAGUGAAUUGGAAUGAGGAGGGAGCCUGUUUCUCGGCUAUUUGUCGAAUUUUGGCCAGUUUUUAUGCCAAGUGUGUGGACGAUGACAUUGAAGUGAGGCCUCUCGAUGAGAAAGCCGAUGCACUCAAUCUCAAUGAAUCCGCCGAGCAAAGCCGGAAUUGCAAUGAGGCGGAAGUAGAAAAGGAAAAUCAAGAGGAAUGCCAAGAGGAUUCCACUCCCUGGAGUUGGACGGUUGAGCAUGUGUUGUUGCCGGCGAUUCGGACGAUUCUUCUACCUAGUCACACUAUGUGUUUCCCAACAACGGACGAAAAGUCCCCUGCUGUUUUAAAGCUCACUUCGCUUCCAGAUUUGUACAAAGUUUUUGAACGAUGUUGA